GUACCUCACAGGUGCUACUUGUAUUUCACAUCUUCAAGAAAACCAAGUAAGGUAGCAACCAUUCCCAAACUCAAAAUGACCCGAAUCUCCGACGCCAUCAAACAAGACCAUGCCCUCAUCCGGCGCGCCUACCGACAACUCUCAUCUUCCAACCCAGACAACCGCAACCCGGACGAAUUCAUCUGGGUCUUGGACCGCUAUCUGAUGGUCGAAGAUCUCGUCCUAACGCCCGCACUCGAACACCACAUUGCCCAAGGCGGGGAGCGACACAACCGAUUAGCCCGCGACUAUGACAGCAUACACGAAAAGCUCCUGCGCAUGAAACAGUUCAAUCCCACCGAUCAAAGCUUCGAAUCCUCCCUCAAAGCCAUCUGGGUCGACCUGGAACCACACAUCCGCGAGGAAGCGACUUCUGAUCUCGACCGGUUGGAAGAGAGCCUGUCCAAGUCCGACUCGGAGGCGUUGGGGAAGAGGUACGAGGAUAUCAAGGAGCUGCUGCAGAGGCCGUAUGGAGAGGGCGGCACGCCGGAUGCGCAUACGUUGAGCGCUAUUCUGGAAAUGCCUAGGCAGGAGUUGAUGGUUAAGUUGGGGAUUAGGGGGGAGUGACAUUGUGAAUGUGUGGGGGAAGGGGUGAGG